UGAAGCGGCAAUCGAAUUGGUUCGGGAAAAAUCAAGGAGAUUUUGAAAUCGUGCUUCGGAAAAGCAGAUGUGUACAGAAGUACAAACGUGUGGUGUGUAAACAAGGAUUCGGACUACCAACAUAUAUAACAUUUUGCAAAGAAGAGCCGGUUGAGGGAGGAUGUUUAAUUAUCGAGUCUAGCGGUAGGAAGGUGUGCUGUUUCAAUCAACUACGUGCUCAUGUUUUCUGUUACGGUAGCUGAUUUCGGAAGUAUGUCGGUUGUGAAGGGUCAACGUUAACGAUUCAAGUUCGUUCAUAAUAGUGUGUAUUAUAUUUGUAGUAAUUUGCUAUUACUCGACUUGAACCAACAAUCACAUCCUGCUUUUCUUCUCUGGUGUAGCGAAUAUUGGGAGCACAAACAAAAGCUUCCACGAAAGGGUCAGAUGAAAAUUAAUUAUACACCUCCGUCCAGGAUGCAAGAGAAAACACAAAAGAAAAGCAACAACCUAUUGUGAAUACUGAAUCAGCUGGGACUGUUUGUCGAUAGCAUCUGAACGUGUCCAGGGAAAAUUAAUUAGUCCAUCGCUGGUGGUGGACGCUAAUUGCCAAUCGACGCCGACUAAGUAUCUGAGCUAUCAAAUUGAUUGAAAUGCCAAGUGCAAAAUUAUUGUGCGACGAAUGAUCCAAAGCAAAAACACAUUCCACUCUUUCAAAGACCCUGGUAUACGUUAGUAUAAUUGAAAUAAUCGUCCAGUCGUUGGAAGUCACAACAGGAAACUUUCAGUUGGAACACAGUGCAUGAUUAUCUAUCGGGUUUGUCCUAGACAUGCUCCUUCAUGGGCAACAACCGUAACGACACAUUCCAUGACAAGAACGAGUUCAAAGAACUGUUAAGUGACACAAGUGCCGGAAAAGUGAGUGAUGUAAAAAACAAACAAAACACAAUAUAGUAGCGAUUUAUUGGAAAACUUUGUUCCUGUGACUGUCGUCGGUGAUUCGUAAAUCUCGUGCCUCCCAUUGAUAUUGCUACUGCCCAAAAGUUUCGUGUACCCGAGCCCAUACAAUACUCACAUGCGGGGGAAAUUCUGCGAAGAACGAAGUCAACCCUAGCCAUCUUAGAGCGAAGAAUUUGCCCUCGCUGAACCAAAACGAACAAUGAACACGACGUCGCCUUAAAUCGUCGCUGGUGAAGCUGGGAUACAUUCCAAAACGAAACCCUUCCGGGUGAUGGUACUGGGGCAGAGCCGGUGUCGGAAAGACGGCAAUGGUGGUGCGUUUCAUAACGAAACGUUUCAUCGGCGAAUAUGACCCGAAUCUGGAAAAAGUGUACACAUUUCACACCUUGGUGGAUAACGAGGUGGUACAGUUCGAAAUUCUGGAUGCCGCUGGGCAACCAAAUGAAGCUGAUUGCAUGACAUUGGAAGCGAAUAUCCGAUGGGCGGAAGCGUUCAUACUCAUGUACUCGGUAGCAGAUAAAUGCAGCUUUGAUGAAUGUAAUCGUUUAAAGUUUCUAAUCAAUUACAAUAAACGGAGACGUCGAUUGGGAUCGUACAGCAAGGACACUCUGCUAGAUGUACCGGUCAUUCUCGUUGGCAACAAGAUCGACCAGAUCGGCGACCGCAUGGUGUCCACCGAGGAGGGCCAACGACGGGCGCGGGAGAUUUCCUGCGCGUGCUUCCACGAAAUUUCCGUCCGGGAAAGCAUCGACCAGGUGACGGGUGUCUUCCGGGAUGCGUGUCGCUUCUGGAGGGUACUCAACCGGUACCCCAAGUUGAAGCGAUCCACCAGCGACGUGCACGAUCUGCACUCGGAGGUCGAGCUUAUUCUUAGUCCGGACAGUGUUCAUCCGUUCUGCAACUGUGAUUUGAGCCAUCACGAAAAGCGACGUUCCAUCAUUGUGCUAGGCCGCCCAUGGACCGAAGAGGAACCAGACGAAACGGACGAGUCCGAGUCGAGUUGCUGCUCGUCGCAAAAAUCCGAUGUUGAAGAACCAUUCCGAGGUAGAGCGUCAACCGAUGGGACGUUGCUGUCCAGACCAAGGCGAUGGCGUUUUGCGCCGCCAGGAUCUCUGAUGCCCCACGUGAGCCGAGUUGAGCGACGAAUGAGCAUUUCCAUGAGGGGCAGUAACGCUAGCUAUUGAAUAAGUGGUUUAUUUUAUAAUUUGCAUGACAAUAUUGUGAUUUAGUGGAUGUAAAUGUUGCUGUGCUUUUUUGAUAAAAAAAAGAUCAAAGUCCACAUGUCGAAUAAUUAGCUGGGAGAAAAUACUACAAGUAUUCAAUUUUACUGUAGAUUUGUUCAAAUGAAAGGCCUACAAUAUCAAAGAAAUCGCGGAACCUCAAAUAUACACUGUUUAACGUAUCAGGGUUUUUUUCUUGUUCUCAAAGUAAAGAAAGCCGUGCUUUGGAUUUAUCAUCGUUUAUUGCUUUUAAUGUACUCUUCUAAAAAUUUGACGGUAUCUAGAUCUUCCCAGUUAUUUGCAUAGUUCAAGGCUGUAAUGGAAUCGGUAUUCCAUUCGCCAACUGUCUUAGAAUAUUCAAGCAACACUUGUAGUGCCUCCAAAGAAUGUUCCUGUAUGGCAACUUCAACAGCAGUCAUUCCUUGUACGUUUCGAUGGCUCAGAUCAGCUCCAUUUUCUAGGAACAAGCUUGUCAACCUACAAUGGUUUAUUUGGGCUGCUUUCUCUAACGCGGAUUCAUUGAGAUCUGUAUUGACUGGUUCAUGGAUAAGCUGUGGACUGUGACUCAACAACAGAAUAAUCAUUUGCUCACUGCGGUUCAAUAUGGCAUCCUGAAGAAUCCCAGCCUUGCCUUCUGGACUGGCUAUGCUAGGAUCUGCACCGUUUUGAAGUAUGUACUCCACCGCCUUAAAAUUGCAAACCCUUACAGCAUGGCACAGUGGAGUGUAUCCAUCGAUGUCGGGAAAGUUGAAUACAUGAACUCCGUCGGAGGAGUGCGUCCGAUUAGUUUCGAUACAAUGCUGGUAGAGAAGCUUGAAAUGUUCAAGAAGAUGGUUCUUCAACAAAAUAACAUGGAAAGCAGUUCUUUUUGAUCUUCCCAUUCUCCAAGGAUCUGCUCCAAGUUUCAAAAUAUUUUGGAGGAAAAUAGUUGGCGCAGUUGGUGGUAUAAUGUGAACUACCGAAAAAUUGUUGGUAUUCAUUAAGUCGUUUAAAUCGACAAAGCUCUGUUCAGAUUCAUUUGUCAUGCAGCAUGUAGAAUGUGUAUAAAUGAAUUGAAAAUGGGUUUUCGAAUCUGUUCCAUUGCAGACGACUAAAUUUCCAGUAAUUAUUGCACAGCAGUCAACAUGAGGUUCCAAAAGUCCACGUAAGAAGGUAACUAGAGAGCUCAUUAAAUCAUUCGAAUUGCGAACCACAAAAUCCAGACCAUCUAGGCAAAUAUCAUGUACCGGUCCGAUUGAAUGUAUAAUGAAAUCAACAGAUAUAUCGAUAUUAUUGCUUUGAUCACCAUAUUUUGCGCUGAACCUGUUUGUUUCCAUGCGAGAGCUGUUCGAUAAGCUGAAGAUUUCAUUGAUCACAUUAGUGCACAGCUCUAUUAUUUUCGAUGGUUCCAGUGACUGUCCUUGUUUUUGAUCGUCUGUCACGAAACUUGUUGACUUUUUUAAGCAAGAAAACUCCAACAUUUGUUGAAUGAUUCUUUCCGCAGCUACCAUAUUGCUCUCAACGGCUUUUAGUAAAAUAGUUGAUUCUGAUUUGAGAAACUCUAAAAUUCGUACCUCGUUCAUCGUUUUCGCCCAGUUGCGAAGCACUGGACUUUCGACGGAAGUUUCUAUGGAGUAGAAGAUCUUAUCCAACAGAAAA